UCUCCUUCUAAAUCUGCCUCCUCUCUCUCCCACGCCAUCCCUAUCUUUCUCUUCCUCUCUAUUUCUCUCUCUCUUUUCCCCCUAGCUCUCUCUCCUCUCUCUUUGUCACUGCUCAAUCCGGGUCCAAAUGACACAAAACGGUGGUCUACAAAUAUGAUGAGCGACGUAGUCUGCUGUGAAGACAAGCGUCAACACAGUUGGAAUUAAAACAGUUUGGAGCGCUGAAAAAGCUUUGUCAUUUACAAAGGACUGCACUUGUGCUGUCUCUCUCACCACCUGGCCCGAGCUUGAUCUAAUCCUCCCCUUACACCCCCUCUCCCCCAGCUGUCACCCCUCCAUCGCCCACGCCCCCUCUCCCCCAGCCACCACCACCCCCAGGCCUCAGUGCCCCCCCCCCAUGCUCAGAACCCGAGUGCCGGCUGGUCCGAUGUGUUCCGUCGUAGCCCCGGCCCAGCUGGCACCAACACCAUGGGCCCCAAGGAUGUGGAGCUGAUCCUGGUGAAGGAGCAGAACGGGGUGCAGUUCACCUCCUCCACUCUGGUCAACCCCGCUCAGACACCCCCCCCUGAGGAGGAACGGGAGACCUGGGGCAAGAAGAUAGACUUCCUGCUGUCAGUGAUCGGCUUUGCGGUGGACCUGGCCAAUGUGUGGAGGUUCCCCUACCUGUGCUAUAAGAACGGGGGAGGAGCGUUCCUGGUGCCCUACCUCUUCUUCAUGGUGAUCGCAGGCAUGCCCCUGUUUUACAUGGAGCUGGCUUUGGGCCAGUACAACAGAGAGGGGGCCGCUGGAGUCUGGAAGAUCUGCCCCAUAUUCAAAGGAGUGGGCUUCACGGUGAUCCUCAUCUCCCUCUACGUGGGCUUCUACUACAACGUGAUCAUCGCCUGGGCUCUGUUCUACCUCUUCUCCUCCUUCACCGGCGACCUGCCCUGGGUCCACUGCAACAACACCUGGAACAGCCCCAACUGCUCCGACGUGUGGUCCUUCAACACCACCCUCAACGACACCCAGAAGUCCACACCGGCCGAGGAGUACCUUUGAGUGAGAGUGCUCCACCUGCAGGACAGUGAAGGUAUUGACGAUCUGGGCCUGCCGCGCUGGCAGCUGACCUCCUGCUUGGCAGUGGUCAUUGUAGUUCUCUACUAGCUGUGGAAAGGUGUCAAGACAUCAGGGAAGGUGGUGUGGAUCACGGCCACCAUGCCCUACCUGGUGCUGACUGUGCUGCUGCUGCGCGGUGUGACCCUGCCUGGAGCCAUGGAUGGCAUUAAGGCCUACCUCAGCGUUGACCUCAUCAAACUCUGUGAAGCCAAGGUCUGGAUCGAGGCAGCCACGCAGAUCUGUUUCUCCCUGGGUGUGGGGUUUGGUGUGCUAAUAGCCUUCUCUAGCUAUAACAAAUUCAGCAACAACUGCUAUAGGGACGCCAUCAUCACCACCUCCAUCAACUCUCUGACCAGCUUCUUCUCUGGCUUUGUCAUCUUCUCCUUCCUGGGCUACAUGGCCCAGAAACAUAACGUGGCACUGGACAAAGUGGCCCAGGAUGGGCCUGGAUUGGUGUUCAUCAUUUACCCAGAAGCCAUUGCUACCUUACCCGGGUCAUCGGUCUGGGCUGUCAUUUUCUUCAUCAUGCUGCUGACACUAGGAAUAGACAGUGCUAUGGGAGGGAUGGAGUCAGUGAUCACUGGACUGGUAGACGAGUUCAAGUGUCUGCACAAGCACCGGGAGCUCUUCACCCUGUUCAUCGUCGUGUCCACCUUCCUCAUCUCCCUCUUCUGUGUCACCAACGGAGGAAUCUAUGUGUUUACCCUGCUGGACCACUUUGCUGCUGGAACAUCGAUUCUUUUUGGAGUGCUUAUUGAGGCCAUCGGUAUUGCCUGGUUUUAUGGAGUGGACCGCUUCAGUGAUGACAUCGAAGAGAUGAUUGGACAGAGACCAGGCCUCUACUGGAGACUGUGCUGGAAGUUUGUUAGUCCCUGCUUCCUCCUGUUUAUGGUGGUUGUCAGUUUCGCCACAUUCAACCCUCCGACCUAUGGCCCGUACACCUUCCCUGUGUGGGCCAACAUGAUUGGCUGGUGCCUUGCCAUAUCCUCAAUGUCAAUGGUGCCUCUGUAUGCCAUCUACAAACUCUGCACCAUACCUGGGAAGUUCUGUGAUAGGCUUGCGUACGCCAUCACCCCUGAGACAGAGCAUCAUCUAGUGGACAACGGGGAAGUUCGGCAGUUCUCGCUGCAUCACUGGCUGGUGAUUUGAGUUCUGCAGUGAGACGGUGGACUGUUCUCACACAGGAAGAAGCCUGGCACAGGAAACACCUGUUAACAAGAUGGCAGUGCAAGUGCCAACCCAACCGUUCAAAAUUGUAGUGGUCUUUAAUUUAGUCAAUGGACGUGUGACUGUGCAGUGACCUUGAUGACAAUGUUGUUGGCACUUGGUCAGUGUUAAUCUUAAACUAUAUUUACAAUAUAGACUGUUAUGAUGGCUACUACUUUUGUCCACCAUGGUUUAUGUCUGUUUUUUUGUUUACGUUGUGAUAAAGCUGAGCCUAUUUGAUCGUUGUGAAAUGUUUCAGAAAUAUUCAAAUGAAAUCAGAGAAAACUUAGUUUGUUUCUGAAUAAAUACAUCACAACCAAAACUUAAACAACAAGUCCAGCAAUGGAUUUGAAUCAUAAAUAUUUUAACUUAUGUUUUUAAAGAUUGUUAAGUGUAUGACUGCAUUGAACUUUCACAAUUGUUUUUAUUAUCUGAACAUAUAUUGUUCAUCUUAAAGCUCAACUAUAGUCAUUUCUAAUGAUCCCUGGUAAUAGAUCACAGUGAUUGCAUUUUUGCUUCCUGCUGAUGAUAGUCCAUCAUACUUUGACUAACUGUUUCCUUAAUGUUGAUAUUCAGUUCAUAGACAGAUCACUAUCUAAAACAAAGUAGUACUGUAGUUAUAUAAUCAAAUUGACCAAAGAUCAAAGUUUAUUCCUAUUUAUAUUACUAUCUAUAAUUUUUUCACGCACAUUUCAUUUAUUGAUGAUUAUGUGUUCUAUAUUAUGUCAUAUUUACCGAUGUCAUUGUUUGAAAGAAAACAUCACCAUCAUUUAAAGGUGCAGUCAGCAACAAGUUAAGCAAUUACUUAAUUGCAAUGCUCACUUACGUUGUAGAAUGUUGUUGACAUUGUGAUAAAAAAUAAAAUAUAAUUAUCCACUCUGACUUGACAUGUAAAAAACUUUAAAUGCAUCUUUAAUCUCACAAGAUAACACAAAGCUUUACUGGUUUACAGAAAAAGUUAUUCAGUAAUUCAAGACUGUUUUAAAGCUGCUUAUCUCAAUUUUAUUGAAGUGUUUGUAACGUAAUCAAUGAAGUAUAUAUUGUAUAUGUGUGUAAUUAUUACUUGUACUAUUUAGAGGGGCUUGCUUUGUAUUGCACUGUGUGACAUUCUACGAGUUAACUAUUUUUCCUGUCGUGAAGCAGAACUGUGUUUCAGAAUGGGAACUAUUGCAUCUUGUAUUAACAUAUGAAACAGACUUUGUACUUCAUACUGCAAGCCCAAUUCCGUCCUUGUCUUUCAAUGUGCAGUGAUCCAUACUUCUGUAAGUACAUACUGGAGGUCUGGAUCAGAGGAUCCAGUAGAAAUUCAAACCUGGAGCCAGACACAUGUAUAGAGGAACUGAUAGGGAACCUUCAUCCAGCCCAGCUCCUACAUCAUUUAGAAAACAGCCUGAAACAAAACAAUAGAAAGGCUUCGCCAAAAAAUUACAGGUCCACCAUGUUGUUCACUGGGCUGUGCUUCUUUGCCUUGUGAUUUUUUUUUUGUACUGUAAAAGUCCAAGAAAUAAAGUUUGGUUUU